AUGGGAGGACCCAACAAGGCCAGUGAAACAAAUGACUUUCUAAUGCGUUUGUUCUCGGACAAGGAUUUGAUUCCGCUUGGACCAUUGCAAGGGAUCAUGGGCAGAGUCAUUGCUAGGUUGAGAACCAAGAGCAUUGAAGAGAAGUACAACGAGAUUGGCGGAGGAUCUCCUAUUAGACAUUGGUCAGAGUAUCAAUGUGAAAGAGUAUGCAAGAGGUUAGACGAGAUCCUGCCACAACUGGCUCCUCAUAAACCUUAUGUUGCUUUCAGGUACGCAAAACCAUUGACUGAAGAUAUGUUGGCUAAGAUGAAGGAGGACGGUGUUACUAGAGCCGUUGCCUUCUCGCAGUACCCACAGUGGUCCAGCUCGACGUCAGCCUCUUCCAUGCAUGAGUUGUUCCGUCAGAGAAAAAUCUACGAUCCAGAGAAGACCGUCAAGUGGUCGUUCAUUGAUAGAUGGCCCAAGGCGGAAUGUUUGGUGAGCCCAUUCGCCAGAUUCAUCAACGAUAAGCUUCUGGAGUUUCCAGCUGAGGACAGAGACAAGGUUGUGAUUUUGUUCUCUGCUCAUUCUUUGCCUAUGGAGAUUGUCAACCGUGGUGACUCGUACCCUGCUGAAGUUGCUGCCUCUGUCUACGCCAUUAUGGAGAGAUUGAAGUUUAAGAAUCCCUACAGAUUGGUCUGGCAGUCCAAGGUUGGCCCCAAGCCUUGGUUGGGUGCCCAAACUACUAGCAUUGUGGAGAAGUUGGAGCUCCAGGAUGACGUCAAGGGUCUCAUUUUGGUCCCUAUUGCAUUCACCUCGGACCACAUUGAGACUUUGCACGAACUAGACAUUGAGCUUAUGGAGGACGCCAAAAACCCUAAAAUCAUCAAACGUGCCUCUUCCUUCAACGACGACGAGGAGUUUAUCUCUGGCUUGGCUGACUUGGUCAAAGAGCAUAUCGAGUCCGGUCGUCCAUACUCCAACCAGCUUGAAUUGGAUUGGUUGUUGAGCAAAAAGUACACUACAGACACUUUUGAGCACCCUAGUGAGUUGUUUAGUUCCCACUGA